AUGAAUUUGGGUUUGGGUGCAAAUUACGAAUUACAAUACAAGGGUUUGGAUUGGACCUCAAUUUGGUGGGUUUGGCGUGAAAAUGUUUGGACCCCAACCCAAAUCAACCAAUGGCCUAGAACUGGAACCCAAGUCAGCUCAUGCCGCCUGCCUCCGAACGUGGUCAGUGCAGAACGAGCCCAGAGUUUUCCAAUCAAUCAGAGGGCAGAGCAGACGGAGGGUAUUAUUACACAACUAUCACCACACGCACGCUCUCGGCUUGGUCCGUUAGUCAGAAUCGCAGAGGCAGGCAGAACGAUGUCGUUGCAGAACGGCUCGGAGAAUCAUCACCCUCACCCAGAAGAAGAAAAAGAAGAAAAAGAGAAAGAAGAGCAACGGCAUCAGCAAUCGGGCUCGGAACAGAAAAGUUUGGGGAUGGAAGGGCAGCCUGAAACGUUGAGUGAAGUAGGAUGGUUCAUUCUUGGUGAAAAUCAACAACAUGUUGGUCCAUACGCAUUUUCAGAGUUGCGUGAGCAUUUCUUAAAUGGGUACCUCACCCACACUACACUUGUCUGGGCCCAAGGAAGAAGCGCAUGGCAGUCACUGUCCUCAAUUCCCGGUUUGUUCACAGGAAUAUCUCGCCAUGACCAAGAACCUCAGUUUUCAAACACAGUGCCCCCUACUGAUGACGACGACGAGGACUUUGAGAAAUGGCGGAAGCAGCUUGGUGAAGCAGAAGCAGAUAGUGACAGACCUUUGACGCCACCAGAGGGUGAGGAAGAAUUCACCGAUGACGAUGGGACUAAAUACAAGUGGGAUCGUGGUCUUAGGGCUUGGGUUCCUCAGGAUAGCACGUUUGGGGUAGAAGAGAUGACUUUCUUGCAAGAAGAGGAAGUUUUUCCGGCUGUCAAUUUUUCUGAGGUCUCUGCAGGGGAAGAGGUUAAUGCACCUGGAAACGCUUCUGGUCCCUCUAAAGAGGAAGACGCUAAUGGUAGCAGUGAGGUAGAAGAAGGAGAUCAAAGUUCUAAGAGAAAAUUGUCAGAUAAGGAAGCUAACAAGAAGGAAGCUAAUAAACCUCCUGAUAGUUGGUUUGAGUUAAAGGUUAAUACACAUGUUUAUGUGACUGGAUUACCGGAUGAUGUAACGGUCGACGAAGUGGUGGAGGUGUUUACCAAGUGUGGAAUUAUAAAGGAGGAUCCUGAAACAAAAAAGCCACGUGUGAAGCUGUAUGUUGACAAAGAGACUGGAAAGAAAAAGGGAGAUGCACUUGUUACAUAUCUGAAGGAACCGUCGGUUGUUUUGGCUACCCAAAUUUUGGAUGGAACACCUCUACGUCCUGGUGGCAAGAUUCUUAUGUCGGUCACCCAAGCUAAGUUUCAGCAGAAAGGGGAUAAAUUUGUUGCCAAACAAGCAGACAAUAAGAGGAAAAAGAAACUGAAGAAGGUGGAAGAGAAGAUGCUUGGCUGGGGUGGCCGUGAUGAUGCAAAGGUGUCAAUUGCCACUACUGUUAUUCUUCGUUACAUGUUCACUCCUGCUGAAAUGAGGGCAGAUGAAACUUUAUGUUCAGAAUUAAAGGCCGAUGUUGAGGAGGAAUGUCUGAAGCUUGGUCCAGUGGACUCCGUGAAGGUUUGCGAGAAUCAUCCCCAGGGAGUUGUUUUGGUCAGAUUUAAGGAUAGGAAUGAUGCUCAAAAGUGCAUAGAGUUGAUGAAUGGAAGAUGGUUUGGCGGUAGGCAGAUACAUGCAAGCGAGGAUGAUGGUUUAAUUAACCAUGCUUUGGUCCGUAAUCUGGAUGAUGAUACUGCACGGCUAGAGCAGUUUGGCACUGAACUCGAAGCUGAAUGA